AUGGGUCGCGAAGAUCAAGUCGAGGAGAGGGAGGUUCUUGAUUCAAUCUUCCCAGAUGAGAUCACAGAUAUAUCCGACAUCGCAUACAAAGUAUCGAUAUCCCUCGAGAACCCCGAAUUUGACCCCGAAGAAACCGAACAACCUGUGAUAUACCUGGAAGUCUCAUACCCAGAAGAAUACCCCGAUGUUGCCCCACAACUGAACAUUUCCUCCCCGCCCAAUGCCAGGUACCAGCGGCUAGAUAUCCAAGAGGAUCGGGACCAACUUCUCGAAUCUCUCCAAGAGACCAUCGAAGAGAAUAUGGGAAUGGCCAUGGUAUUCACACUCGUGAGCGCACUAAAGGACAGCGCCGAGGCCCUCAUGGUGGAGCGCGCCAACGCUGUACAGGUCGAGAAGGAGAAGGUCGCUGCUAAGCUGGAAGAGGUAGAGAAUGCCAAGUUCCGGGGGACACCGGUUAACCGGGAGACAUUUUUGGAGUGGAUGGCCAACUUCCAAAAGGAGAUUGCGGAUGAAGAGCAGCGACAAAAGGAGGAGAAGGAGGCCGAAGACAAGAAGAAGAGGUCUGGAAAGGACGAGAAGAAGCUCACAGGGCGACAGUUGUGGGAGAGAGGAUUGGCUGGCAAGGGCGAUUAUGAUGAGGAGGGCGAGGAUGCUAUUCCUGCAAUUGAUAAGUUGAAGGUUACGGCUUAA